AUGUCAUACAGAAACACUGACGUUGCCAACCCACAGGAUCAGGUCUACCCUCAACAACAGCAAGCUCGAUCGAGUCAAGCCCCUCAACAUGGGUAUGGUCCUAAAAACAACUACCAAGGCCCUCAAGGGACUUUUCCUGGUCAGCAAAUGCACAUACCACCUGGCUUUCCCCACCAACCACCCCAGCCUGCGCCUACACCUGAGCAUGAGCUCAAGGCUAUGCUGAAACAAUUGCUCCAAGGGCAAGCGGAUGGUGUUGACAACUACCUGGUAAAGCUGUUCAGAACCCCAAGGAACAGUGCAAGGUCAUCUUACUCAAGAAGGCUUGAUGAAGAAGAGGAUCAAGAAAGAGUCAAGGAAGAGUUCUGUAUGCUGCUGAAUGACGACGACAUUGUUGCUGCUAAGGCUCCAAAAGUCCAGAUUGAUCAACCUGAAGUGCAAGCCACUACCGUAGCCUUUCACACUUCACCAGUUGAGCUCGCACAACAAGCUCGAUCGGCAGCUCGAUCGAGUCGAACUCUAGCUCGAUCGAGUCAGACAUCAUCCGUCCUCAAACCAAUUUUGCUUGAUCCUUACCAGCCAGUUCAUCCAACAUCAGGCCGCCUACUAGUCAAAGCCAUAAGGAAGUGA